AUGGAGACCCGCCGGGUCGCUGGGGCUUCGCGAUCUGGGCGAGUGCGCAAGCGACGUGGGGUAUUGAAUGAACCUCACUUAUGUUCCUAUUGCGGACGCGCCUUCAAGCGUUCUGAGCAUAAGGAAAGGCAUGAGCGAACCCACACAAAAGAGAAGCCCUUCAUUUGUCAUUGCAGUGCCGCCUUUACCAGGCGGGACUUGCUCACGCGGCACCAACGUAUCACAUCUCAUACGGCCCAAGAUAACCAAAUACAUGACUCACAAGAUGUUGAGCUGGAACAAGACGACCACCCCGUCGUUGAGGCAGACUUGGCUGCGGCAGUCUCGCUGUCAGACAUGAGCAUGGCCACUUGGAAUAGACAAGUUUCUAAUGGUCACAUGCCUGAAGUGCCGCCUCAGGUUCUGAAUGAGCCAUUCCAGCAGCCAAUUCUUCCCCAAGAAUACUUUGACACAGGUAUGUGGGCCCGAUUAGGAUUCGUUGGCUACGACCACUUCAGGGAUUUUGCCAACUUUCUUGACGGGGUUGGUCUUCCAAUCGAAUGGAGUCCAUACUUUCAAGAGCCUGACCCGAACGAAGGUCUUGUUGACCCGCAGCUUCGCUAUUCCAGAGCCAACACAAGCACGCCGAACCCUCGCAAUGGUCGAACUGGCUCACCAUUCAGCACUUGGCUUCCGUCCGCACCACAUGGUAGCAGGAUAGCCGAAGUGAUUUCGGAAAGCAGUAAGUGCAAUACAGAAACAGACCCACAACCUUUUCGAGUCACUGAAGAUCAGCAUGCUCGCCUCGCAUCUUACUUGGAUGCCUUUCGUGACGUGGUGAACGAUGACUUUGUCUUACCAUCGCGACAUGCAUUGACUCGAUAUAUCACGUCCUACUUUCAAGGAUUUCACCUGCAUAUGCCUUUUAUACACCAACAGACAUGGCGCAUACUUGAUACGCCUUUAGAGCUUGUCCUAGCUAUUGCAACCAUGGGUGCGCAGUACAGCUUUGAACAUCGAAACUCCGAGAGACUAUUCCAAGCAAGCAAAGCAGUUCUACUACAAAGAUUGAGUCAUGAAACUGCGAAGUUUGGACCUAUGACUAGCUCAUUCUUGAGUAUGCACAAUUAUUCGUCUCAUAGCAUUGGAUCGUGCUCGUCGCCUAGACCUACUAAAGAUGGUGGGCCGUGGGAACCGAUAGAUACAGUCGGCGCAGUCAUCGUUCUGAUGGGUUACGCGACAUGGGAACGGAAAGCCAACUUCGUUGCCGAGGCCUUCUCACUUCAAAGCCUAUUAGUACAACUUCUGCGCGAUAUAGGGCUUCUCGAAGGACCUGAGCCGACCAGCGUCUUCGAUAUGCCUUUGUCGCAAACCGCCUGGUUGGCGUGGAUUCGACAGGAGUCAAUACGUCGGACCAAGCUGAUUGCAUUUACAUUUCUUCAUACACAUAGUGUCGCCUACAACGUAUAUCCUGUACUGAGGAGCAAUGAGAUCCAUUUACGGUUACCAUGCUCGACAGGCGAGUGGAGGGCGUCAAAUGCUUCGCUAUGGCAAAUAGCAAGACGUGAGCUACGUAAAGAGCAGUUGAACUUCCAAGACGCGCUGUCACUACUUCUCAAACAUGACGGGAAUUCUCCUCUCGACCCGGUUCCGACACCAUUAGGUAAUUACUGUCUACUUCACGGAUUAUUACAACGCAUCCACAUUGUUAGGGAUCUCUCGCUUCCCAUUAGGGAUCCUUCGGCUUCACUCCCGGAAGAAGAGGUAAAGAAUCUAGAACGUGCUCUUCGCUCGUGGACCUCAGGAUGGCAGCAACAGCCGGAAUCAAGUCUAGACCCAAACAAUGAAAAUGGCCCCAUCCCUUUCACGUCUAGCUCCUUACUCGCCCUAGCCUACGUCCGUAUUUACCUUGACCUUGGACCAUACCGUCAACUCGAGACACGGGAACCAACUCGAGUUGCACAAGCUCUAAGCCGGUCACCAAAAGUUGAUAGGAGUAAUGGCGUGAUAUCCGCCCUGCUCUAUGCGACACAUGCACUGAGUAUCCCGGUGAGAUUGGGGGUUGACAGGGUCGCUCGCAGUCAAGCCUUCUUUUGGAGCGUCCGCCAUUCGCUCUGUGGCCUAGAAUGUGCUGUAUUAUUAAGCAAAUGGCUCAGUUCGGUGUCCGAUUUCGUGAAUGAUGUCCCCCUGACUGCAAUAGAUAGCGAAGAGCGAAUAUUGCACUGGGUGCGCUGCGUAGUCGAAGAAGCAUUUGCCGUGGUAGACUUUGAGGAAGAUGAGCCAGCACCACUAAAUGAUCCUGCGAGCUUGAGUUCGGCCGUGCUGAAGAUAUGGGCACAUUUUUUCAAAAGUAAUACACAAUGGCCCUUCAUCAAUAUGAUUGGCUUAAGCUUGGAGAAAUACCGCGAGAUGCUUCGUCGAGAUAGUACACAGCAAGUCAAUACUUAA